CCGUUGCGUCGAGUGCGCCAGGACGAUGGCGCAUCCCGUUUAAAUCACGGCCGCUCGUAAACAAACCGGCCAGGAGUCGUGAAUUUAGCGGAUUACAAUUGUUGAGAGAAACAAGCUGCACUAAUCACGCUGUGUCUGAUAAAUAACGUAACUAUCUUCCACAAUCACGGCUGAUGCUAACAGAACUUUCGAUUGGUGUCGAACUAACCUAGGACACUAGGUUAUGCAGUUUUUUCUUCAUUAAGCUCAUUUCUACGAAUUUCACUCUGUAGAGUCUUUCGCACGCGAAUAGUUGUUUCACAAGUCAAUUUAGUUUAUUCUGCUCGCUGGUGUUUAUUCAGAUUGGAGGAAUUGUUUCUUCAACGACGUAAAUAUGUCCAAGACCAAAACCAGCAGCGUGAGCAACAACAAGGAAUAUAGCAGCGCAUCUUCUUAUACGUCUUCGUCACUGUCGUCGGACGAAGAGGAAAUUGAUGCGAGAGAUUUAAAGCCAAUCAGAGAUUAUUUGUUUAAUCGUAAAGAAUUAGCCCGGCAGCUUUUUAAAUCUGUUAAACCAGAAAAGAUUCGUCUCAUGCUGCCUCAGGUUCUUAAACAAAUGGAUUUAAGCGAACUUGAAGAAUGGUGUGAGAGCGAGCUAAAUGGUAUGUCGAAAGCUCGAAUAUUGUCUAUAUUAAAUAGCAAACCUAUGUUGGAAUCUUCAGACACGAGUGAAUAUUCUGAUGAUUCGGGACCGUCCUUAGAAAUCAUUUCUGAUACGGAGGAAUGGUUAACCGAUGAUGAUAUAUCGAAAAAGGAGAAUGGUGGAAAAGGAAAGUUAAAAAGAGACAAGACAAAAGUUAAAGGAAAAACGCAAGCUAAUAAGAAAAACAAUUUAAAUAAGUCUAAUGUUAAAGCAAAAUGCAACAUUAAGAGUGAGAGUAAAACUGAGGAUGUUAAAAUUAAAAAGGAAGACGACAAAGAUAAAGGGAAGGAGGGUGAUAGCUUAUUGGAUUUAUUAGAAUUAGAAAUGCGAGCUCGCGCAAUAAGAGCUUUGAUACGAAAAGAGGAGGAUAUAAUUCCAUCCACUGACCCGUCGCAAGUGAAUGACAGUCAAGCGACAGACAAUAGUACUGAAACAUCCCAAGAUGACAAAGCGAAAGAGAAUUGUCGCAAGCAAUUAGAAAGAAUUAUUAGUUCUCAACAAAAUGCUAAAGGCGAGGAUGAAGAUGUUGUUUUAGUAAUUCCUAAACCUGCACCAGUUGUCGAGUUAUUGUCUAGCGAUAGUGGGGAGGAAUCAGAGACGAAUCAAAAAUUGAAAAACGAACGUACGUCGAAAGCUGGAAAAUCCGCGGGUAAUUCAGAUGAAAGUUCUACUAAGACCGGCACACAAGAUUUGAAGGAGAGAAAAGAUACUCAAGAUAGUAAUACAAACUCCACAAGUGACACAAGUAAAACAAUAAUGCCUGUGAGAAAUGUAGAUAUAAAGAACAAUAUGUUAUCAAUAUCGAUUUCUGCGAAUAACGUUGCCGAGAAACGUAAGAAAUCCAAGAAAAAAUCACGUGGAAAAUUACAACUUGCUUCUACUACUACAAACUCUUCAGAGUCAAAACAGAUUAAUAUUACCGAUAUUACAGAAAAAUCAAGUAAUAAAAGUAAUAGUGUUAAAUCGACAAUAGAUGCUUCUGACGAAAAUAAAAGUACAGUCGAAGAAGAAGAUAAAACAGAAGAGAAAGUGGCAGAAGAAAGUAAAGUCGAAGAAGAGAGAUCGACAGAUAUAGAUGAUAUUGAUUUAGAUGAUUACUGUGAAGUUAUGGAUAUAGAAAAUAGCGAUGAGGAUAAAAGUCAAGACAAAAUUGUCGUCCUUUCUCAGCAAGAAAAUAAGCAGUCAACAUCCCAAACCAUUUUACCAAAGUCGGAUUCAGCAGAAACUUGGGCGUCGCGUUAUUAUCAGACGGACGAUGUCCAAAGUGUAAUAAAAGAAUCGAAAAUACAAUCUGAGAUUCGGAAACGUUUGAGGGAACGUCAAAGAUUAUCCAAACUGAGUAAAUCGCCAAACUUGAAUGCAUCUGCACAGCCAUCGGCAACUGAUGCAACUGUUACAUUUGAAAAAGCUCCAACGGGAUCAGUGGAAGAAUAUUUGGCUCUGAAGCGUGCACUGAAUUCAAAUAUUGGUAACAUUGAUAAUGCUAUGACACAGGUACAAUGUACUAGUAACAUCGAUAAUACUACGCAAGAUAAUACUAUGCAAGAUAAUCCUGCAGUUACUGAUUCUGAUGAUGAUGUAGAAGUAAAAGAAAUUUUAGUGCAAGAUGAAAGUAUUUCUUCCCAUCAAGAAUGCAUAGAUAACGAUGCACAGAAACCUGUAACUUCCGAAGUAGUUAUUGCCAAACCAACAGAAUUAGUCGCUGAUACAGAAAUUAGUAUACCUGAAUCCACUUAAAUUGUACUCAAUAUUAACAAGCAUAUUUUUGAAAAGAUAUAUUUCAAAAAUUACACAUACUUAUGUGUUAUAUACAUGUGUAAUAUAAAAUGGUGAGAAUAAUAGAGAAAAUUUUGCAGAUAUAGCAAAUUUUUAGUUUUUUUUAUAGUUACUUUACUAUAAAAUACAACAAAAAUAAUCGUUUAUUCUUAAGACACGUUAAAAUUUUGUACAAAAUUUCUAACAAUGAUUUAGAUAUUUAUAUAAAAAGUAAUAGUAUAGAUAAUAUUGUAUUUUAAAUAUACUAUUGUGUGUAUGUAUAUCAUAGUAUGUGAACCUUUUUUCAAUUACAUGCUUAUCGCAUACUCACUCGAAAGUUUGCUUUAAAUUGUAAAGUUUGUGUAAUUAUAAUUCAAGGAAAUAUUUGAA